UGAGAUCUCAUCCAGUGCUGGGGAUGUGGCUGACAGACUGAUCGGCCCCAAGCCCAGGCCCUGAGCAGGGCUUUGUUUCCGGGCUGAGCCUACAACAGAGCUGCUGGCCCCGGGGAACACACCAUUCAGCUCUGAGUUCUGUUGCUUGGCUUCAGGGCUUGGAGCUUGGGGCCCAGGAAGUGGGAUUUGGGGCUAUUCAUUGACAGCCGGCCCUGGGCCUGGCUCUGCCCCUUCUUCACCAUCCUGGGGAUGAGCUCAGGGAGACUGAGGCAGCUACAGGCGACCCGGCGAGUGAAGUACUGGAGGAACUAAAGAUGUCGGGUCCAGGCCCAACGGCUUCCUAUGAGCAGCUGGUGAGGCAGGUGGAGGCCUUGAGCCGGGAGAACACUCACCUGCGGAGAGAACUCCAGGAUAACUCCAGUCAUUUGUCAAAGCUGGAGAAUGAGACCUCUGACAUGAAGGAGGUGCUGAAGCACCUUCAGGGGAAGUUGGAGCAAGAAGCUCGAGCAAUGGUGUCGUCUGGGCGGACUGAGUUGUUGGAGCAACUGAAAGCCCUGCAGAUGGAUAUCACCAACCUGUACAACCUCAAGUUUCAGCCACCGGCUCUUGCUGCAGAACCUGGCAGCCGGAGUCGGAGCCGGAGCCCGGAGGGCAGCCCCCUGCACUGUGCUGCCCCUGCAGCCACAGCCCAAGGGCUGCCCAAGAAAAGAGAAGAAUUGGGAGAAUUGAGCAGGGCCACCGUCCGCCUGCUGGAGGAGCUAGACAAAGAAAGGUGUUUCCUGCUGGCUGAGAUUGAGAAGGAGGAACAAGAGAAACUCUGGUAUUAUGGGCAGCUCCAAAGCUUGUCCCAGAGGCUGGAUGAGCUGCCUCAGUCAGAAACGUUUUCCAUGCAGACAGACCUGAUCCGGCAGCAGUUGGAGUUUGAAGCUCAGCACAUCCGAGCGCUGAUGGAAGAGCGAUUCGGGACCUCGGACGAGAUGGUGCAGAGAGCUCAGAUCCGAGCCUCUCGCCUGGAACAGAUUGAGAAGGAGCUUGCGGAAGCCCAGGCUCAAACCCAGACCCGGGAGCGGGCGCAGCAGCCACAGCCAGAACACCAGACCCUCCUAGGGAUAAAGCCAACGGGAGCAGAGGGGGAUGGGGAGCCAGAAGCCCCCACCCACCCAGAAGAUGGGACCAGCCAACUCAGCAACAGCAAGGUGGAGGUGGUGUUCUGGUUGCUGUCCAUGCUGGCCACGAGGGACAAGGAAGACAUGGCCCGCACCCUGCUGGCCAUGUCGAGCUCCCAGGAGAGCUGCGUGGCCAUGCGCCGCUCGGGCUGCCUGCCGCUCCUGCUGCAGAUCCUCCAUGACGCUGACCGAGAGGCCGGCCCCGCCGAGGGGGCCAAGGAUGCCCGGAUGCGGGCCAAUGCGGCCCUCCACAACAUCAUCUUCUCCCAGCCCGACGAGGGCCAGGCCAAGAAGGAGAUGCGCGUGCUGCAUGUGCUGGAGCAGAUCCGCUCCUACUGUGAGACUUGCUGGGACUGGCUUCGGAUGCAGGGCCAAGAUGGAGGCCAGGGCCCCGAGGGCGGUGCUGGGCCCGUACCUAUUGAACCACAGAUUUGCCAGGCCACAUGUGCAGUAAUGAAACUCUCUUUUGAUGAGGAAUACCGCCGAGCCAUGAAUGAACUUGGCGGGCUGCAGGCUGUAGCAGAGUUGCUGCAGGUGGAUUAUGAGAUGCAUAAGAUGACCAAUGACCCUCUGAAUCUGGCCUUACGGCGCUACGCGGGCAUGGCCCUCACCAAUCUCACCUUCGGUGACGUCGUUAACAAGGCCACACUGUGUGCCCGGCGGGGCUGUAUGCAGGCCAUUGUGGCCCAGUUGGCUUCAGACAGUGAAGAGCUCCACCAGGUGGUGUCCAGCAUCCUUCGAAACUUGUCCUGGAGGGCAGAUAUCAACAGCAAGAAGGUCUUACGGGAAGUGGGCAGUAUGACUGGGCUCAUGCAGUGUGCCCUUCGAGCCACUAAGGAGUCCACACUGAAGAGCGUCCUCAGUGCCCUGUGGAACUUGUCAGCUCACAGCACGGAGAACAAGGCCGCCAUAUGCUUGGUGGAUGGAGCCCUGGGCUUCCUGGUCAGCACUCUCACCUACAAGUGCCAGAGUAACUCCCUAGCCAUCAUCGAGAGUGGAGGGGGCAUCCUCCGGAAUGUGUCCAGCCUCAUUGCCACCCGGGAGGACUACAGGCAGGUGCUGCGGGACCACAAUUGCCUUCAGACUCUGCUCCAGCACCUGAGGUCACACAGCCUGACCAUCGUGAGUAACGCCUGUGGGACCCUGUGGAACCUGUCGGCUCGGAGUCCCCGUGACCAGGAGCUGCUCUGGGACCUGGGAGCCGUGAGCAUGCUGCGGAACCUGAUCCACUCCAAGCACAAGAUGAUUGCGAUGGGCAGCGCGGCCGCCCUGCGCAACCUGCUCACACACAGGCCCCUCAAGUACAAGGACACGGCGGCCGUCAUCUCCCCAGGCUCCUGCAUGCCCAGUCUCUACGUACGCAAGCAGAAGGCGCUGGAGGCCGAGCUGGAUGCCAGGCACCUGGCCGAGGCUCUGGACACGAUGGAGAAGCAGAGCCUGAAGGGUCAGGUGGCCAAGAAGCCGCCGCUGCGCCACCUCGACAGCCUGGUCAAGGAUUACGCCUCGGACUCCGGCUGCUUCGACGAUGAGGACGUGCCUGCCCUGGCGCCCGGGGUGGAGGUGGGCAAUCCCUCUGUCCUCUCCAUGUUCCUCAACAGUUCCUUCCUGCAGGGCCAAGCCUUGCCCCGCAUGCCGCCCCCCCGCCGCGGCCCCGAGGCAGAGAAGGAGGAUGGCAGCAGCGGCAGGGGCAGCAUGGAUGCCAAGAAGGGGGUGAUGGACGGGACGGCGGCGGCGGCUGAGAAACUGGCUACCAAACUGUCCGUGGCGGUGGCCAAGAUUGACAAGCUGGUGGAGGACAUCUCGGCCCUGCACACCUCCUCCGAGGACAGCUUUAGCCUCAGCUCUGGGGACCAUGGGCUGGACUGGCCCUCGGGGCCUGGGGAGGUCCGGGAGGCCCGGGCCCAGUCCUGCUCACCCUGCCGACUGCCUGAGGCAGGGAGGAGGGAAGGGGUGGGGAGGGCCCACCCGCUGCUCCGGCUGAAGGCGGCUUAUACCAGCCUGUCCAAUGACAGCUUGAACAGCAGCAGCACCAGCGAUGGCUACUGCCCCCGAGAGCACAUGAAGCCCUCCCCAAGGGCCUCGUUUGCUGACUAUCGAGAGGAGCUUCAGAGGUACCAGCAGCGCCCCAGCCGCCUGGACCUCAAGAACGUUGUGGCCACCCAGCCGGAAAGGAGAGAGCCUCCGGCUCAGGAGCCUGCUGCCCUGCAGGGGCCAGAAAUGCCUGACGGGCUACACAAGCCAGCAGUAUUCCCUGGGGAGUGGGCCCCAAAAGAUGGGGAGGGCAAGCUUGCCCCCGAUGCCCAGGUGCACACCAUCAAGCUGUCGCCCUCCUACCAGCAUGUGCCUCUGCUAGAGGGUAUGGCCAAGGUUGGGGCUGUUCCCUUUCCCGGCACUGGAGGUAGCUCCAUGGCCCGGAAGCAGGCCUGGUUGCCCCCGGGCACCCUGAAGGGCUCAGAGGGUCUGAGCAAGAUCCCAGAGAAACUGGUGGCUCCCGCCCCCCCUGCUCCUGCGGCAGAGACCCUACAGAAGUACUCGGUGGAGGAUACUCCCAUCUGCUUCUCCCGUUGCUCCUCCCUCUCUUCCCUCUCCUCUGCCGACCAUGGCAUGGACGGGAGAAGCCGCAGUGAAGACAACGACCUGGACAGUGACUCGUCCCUGGAGAUCCUCGAGGAGCCGGGGCCCGGGGAGGGAGAGGAUGACGGCGUGGAGGACUGGAGGCCCCGAGGGGCCGCCUCCCUGCCCGUGGCCAUCCCCGCUCCCCGGGGUGACCGGGGCGAUGAGGGUGCCUCCCCCUCCCAACAAGAAGACAUGACCCCCUCCAGCUCCUCUGAGAAUUACAUCCAGGAGACUCCCCUCGUCAUGAGCCGCUGCAGCUCCGUCAGCUCCCUGGGCAGCUUUGAGAGCCCCUCCAUUGCCAGCUCCAUCCAGAGUGACCCCUGCAGUGAGAUGGUGAGUGGCACCGUGAGCCCCAGUGAGCUUCCCGACAGCCCGGGGCAGACCAUGCCCCCUAGCCGCAGCAAGACCCCCCUUCCAGAGCGGGAGACCAGCCAGUUCAACCUGCAGUGGGAAAACAACGUCAAGAAGUUCAUGGACAUCACCGACUUCAAGGAGCGCUUCCAGCUGCCCCCGGACCUCGACAGCACCAUCUACUUCACAGUGGAGAAGCCCGACGAGAACUUCUCCUGUGCCUCCAGCCUCAGCGCUCUGCCCCUCCAUGAGCACUAUGUGCAGAAGGACGUGGAGCUCAAGCUCCUGCCCCCUUUCCCUGAGCGUGGAGGUGGGCUUCACUUCGCCGGCCACGAAAAACGGGAGGAGCCCGGGCGGGAGGAGCGGUUGGAUGGGCCCCGGGGGGGCCGGCCCCGCAUAGAGACCCACUCUGAGGACGACCUGGAGAUCCUGAAGGAAUGUAUCAGCUCAGCGAUGCCCUCCCGCUUCCGAAAGGUCAAGACAGCCCUGGUGCCGGGCUUGCCUGCAGGGAAGAAGGGCCUACAUGUGCCCGUCUACAUGUUGGUGCCCGCACAUGCCCAUCCCAGCUUAGCGGCCAGGACCCCCCGGCCUUCCCGCAGCCCGUAUAAAGAGGAGGAUUCCUUCACAGACUCGGCUGAAGGCACGCCAGUCAACUUCUCCAGCGCCACCUCACUCAGUGACGAGACUCUCCAGUAUCCAUCCAAGGACAGCCAGGGGCAGCGGGCUGAGAGGAGGGAGCCCGUCUCUCGGCGGGUCACCUCCAGCCAUUCUACUCCAACCAAGAUGGCAGGUACCUACAAGCAUAGGGUGGGAGGGGCGAGCCUCCCUCUCUCAAACAGGAAUGCCGAACCUAGCCGAGGCUCUCUCAAGAACCUGCCCAGCCUAGAACUGACUGUCAGCCGGCCCAGGAGUGCCCACUCUGAGAGGGACAGCCGUGCCAGGGGAGACAGCUCCCAUCCAAGUGGAGGGCACGGGGAUGUUGCCUUCCAGUCAUUCUGUCAUACUACACCCACUGAAGAGGCGGUUUACUGCUUCUAUGAGAAUGAUUCAGAUGAAGCUUCUGAGGCCCUGGCCCGGAAGGCACCCACGGGAGGCCGGGCUCCAAAGAAGGACCAUCGGGCGGGCAAGAAAGAAACAGAACCCAAGCCCAAAGCAGGGCCCCCAGCUUCCAUGCGGCCCCGGGUGCCCACCAAGUCCCAGCACAAACUGAUUGCAGAUGAGACACCACCCUGCUACUCCUUAAGCUCUUCCGUAAGCUCACUCAGUGACCUGGACCUUUCGGAUAGGGACGGUGGGCAGCCACCCAACAAAGGGGGCCCGCUCCACCUGCAGGCCCGCAAGCCCAUCCACACUAAGCCCCCCCCACCGGCUCCGGGUCGGGACAGUUCUCCCAGCUCACCGAGCCUCAACUCGGACGAAGAUCUGCUCCAAAGGUGCAUUGGUUCCGCCAUGCCCAAAAGACAACGCCAUGCAGCCCGGCACCGUAAGGCUGAGCGCAAGCCCAAGCAAGGGAGCCCCAAGGCAGCUGGCAGCAGGGAGCGCAAGGCUGAGAUACGUAGGGAGCUGGGCGAGGAGGCGGCCUCCGACCGAGCCUCCGACCUGGACAGUGUGGAGUGGCAGGCUAUUCAAGAUGGCGCCAAUUCCAUCGUGACGUGGCUGCACCAGGCGGCAGCGGCAGCAACCUCCUUGUCCAGGGAGCCCUCGUCUGAGUGUGAUUCCAUCCUCUCCUUUGUGUCCGGGCUGUCAGUAGGGUCCACCCUGCAGCUUACCCUGGGAAGGGAGGAACAGAAGCGCAGAGGGAAGGAGGCUGGAGGAGAGGUGGAAAAGAAAGAGCAAAUCAAGACUGCUGGUGAAAGCAAGAAAGGAGGGGAGGCCCGGACCCUCAACCGCCGGAUAUCCCGGGGCCCAGAAAAGCCAGCCAAUGCCCAGAAACCCGUGUCCAAUCUGCCCGCUGUGUUCCGGGGCCGGACAGUCAUCUACAUGCCCACCCUGGCCAAGGGGACCCCCAAGCCGCGUUCUCCCCCAAAGAAGGCUGUGCCCAAGACCGAGCCUCCUGCCAAACCCCUCCCUCUCAAUCAACAGAGAUCCCGGAGCCUCCACCGGCCAGGGAAAAUCUCAGAGAUGGCAGAGCUGACACUGCCCAAGAGAAGUGCCACCCCACCUGCUCGGAUGGCCAAGACCCCCUCCUCAGGCUCUUCCCAAACCUCCACCCCUUCCCAGCCAUCAUCCAAGAAGUCGCCCCCCUCUUCCCAGACGAGCAGGCCGGUCCCCCCACCUGGGGGUAAAGUGGGCACCAGCAGCCCUCAGGCCAAGCCGGUGAAGGCUCUGCUCUCCAGACAGCACAAAACUCAAAAAUCUCCAGUACGGAUCCCGUUCAUGCAGAAGCCGGCCAGGAAGCCGUUCCCGGGGAAGAACACGCCUCCUGUCCCGGAGGAGCAGGGGGCGGGAGCAAAGGCCGGGGCCAGGCUCAAUCUGGUCAGAGUGCCCUCCACCCGGUCCAGCGGCAGCGAGUCCGACCGUUCCGGCUUCCUGAGGCAGCUGACCUUCAUCAAGGAGUCUUCCAACCUCCUCCUGCGGCACCGCUCCGAGGCCACCGCCCCCCUGUCCCAGAACAGCUCCCCUCGCCGCAGUCGGCCCAGUGUCCCCGCCGUCUUCCUUUGCUCUUCUCGUUGUGAGGAGCUCAAAGCGGCCAAAGCCGGGCCCCCGCCCAGCCCCAGAGCGUCACCAGGGGAGCGCCUGCCCCGCCGGACCAGCUCAGAGAGCCCCUCCCGCUUGCCCGUCAAGAAAGCGGCUCCCGCCCCUGAGCCCUUCAAGCGCUAUUCCUCCUCCCCCCACAUCAACGUGGUCAAGAGGUCGGCCAGCCCAGCCCCUACCCUUCAGCAAGGGGCCGAGACUGGGGCUGGGCGGAGGCGGAGUGAUGGCGAGGCCCAGCCCCCUCCCCAGGUAGGGCCGGGGGAGGGCCGCGCCGCUCCAUCGGCGGCCACCAAGGGCACAUGGCGGAGGAUUCGGGAUGAAGACAUCCCCCAGAUCCUGAAGAGCACGCUCCCCCCCACUGCCCUGCCUCUGGUCGGCACAGUCCAGGAGGACGGCCCGGCUCCCCAGAGGAAGACCAGCGACGCUGUGGUUCAGACCGAAGACUUCUCAACUUCUAAAACCAACUCUAGCACCUCUCCCACUCUGGAGAACCGGGAGCCCCCCAAGAACGCGGCGAGCGGCCCGGCAGGCGGCGCGCAGGCCCCCUUCAUUGGCAGCGAUGUGGACGGGCUGAGCUCCAAGGUGGCUGCCGCCCUCGCCUUUGCCCACGAGGGGCUGACGGCCCCGGCCGGGGGCUUCCCCUCCAGCCGCCACAGCUCCCCCAGCCGAGCCGCCCGAGUUACCCCCUUCAAUUACAUCCCCAGCCCCAUGGUGGUGCCAGCCGCGAGCGACAAAGCUGUGGAGAAAGCUGUCAGCCUGCAGGGUGAAUAGAAGCUGGUCCCGCCCGCCUACGCUCUCCCCGUCUCGACCCCUCCAGCCCUAGCCUGCUUAGGCUUCCCAACACUACCCUCGCGGCAGCAAGCUGCGCUCUCGUGGAAGAUGCCCCUGUACAAAGAACUUCAAGCAACUGCUUUCUUAUUUCAUACUCAGCUAAGUACAAGAGAAAUUAGCUCUCAAAGAUCAGCGGCUCAGACCUGGGCCCGUGGCGGGGUGGGGAGAGAGACUGGCUAAGGGUCCUCAGACCUGGAACUGCUGGCCCCUCGUCUGACCAGGGUUUCCUCCUUCCUCUCUGUAUCCAGUCACAGCCCGGUUGCCAGAAACCUUUCCUUCCUGGAAGGUGGAGAUAACAAUGACAUUUUUUAAAAACUCACAAAGCCUAGGUCCAAAGCUGAAUAUCCCCUUCUCUAAGAUAUGGCCAUGUCAUUAAGGGCUCUUCCCCCACCAUGAGGGGAGGGACUUUCUUUGGGAAGUAGGUAGAGGAUCGGGAACAGAGAAGGGUCUGAUGCUUUGGAACCCAGGAAGGAGCAAUGAGAGGAAAGCAGUGGGAGGAGACACCAUGAGGGCCCUAGAGCCAAUUAAGUCCAGGGAGAGAGAGGUGUCGCUAAGGAAAGCCCAGAAGGCUGGGGCUGGAUGCGUGCUGAGCGACCUGCUGAGCAAGGGACGGUUCAUCAGCAUGCUGCCCUCAGGCACAUCAGCAGCUCAGUGCCCCAGAGUAAGAUCCCUGGCUGGGACUGCUGCCUCCCUGUGCCCAAGUGGAAAGCCACCUUCUAGCCAAGCCUUAAUGCAGAUCUCUCUGCUGCAUGCUUUAUCUCGAAUACCCAGCACUAAUAACCAGUUAUAAACAUCAUAUAGAUGAAUUACAGCUUGUCAACGCCAUGGGAAGCCCAGGAAGGAGACUUCCAGAUAGAGGGAAACCCUGGGGAGGGCCAGAGAGGGAGCAGGCACAGAACCCACCAGAUGCAGAACUGUUGGUGGCAGGGCCAAAUGCCUGUAAUUAAUGCAACCCAGUAAUUCGGUAAUGACUAAUUUGCCGAGUUUUGUCUGUGUUAUAUAAACCAGCUUGGAAAUGGAGCUGAGAGGGAUCUGAGACAAUUCGAGAAUUGCACCUUAUUUAAUAGGGAGGCGAGGGGGUUACCCCACAAGCCUGGGGCUGAUGUUGACAUAGCUCCCUUGAUGUCCCACUGUAGGCCUGACCCAUGAGAGGGAAAGGGAGUAAAGAGGAUAGGCAAGAAGACAGAUGAAUAUUAGUUUUCUCACUCUGGCUUUGAUCUCUUUUUCCCUGAGUAGCUCUUUCCUUUAGCUAGUGUGGGCUCACCUCCAGAGUCAUGAGGUAAUGCUGACAUAGGGAGGAUUGAGUAUCCCUGGCAGGAAGUCAAGACAAGCACCCAAGUAAAGCUGAUUGUGCUUUUAGCAGGCGGAUGGCAUUAAGAUCCAUGAGCAGUUGGAAUAGAGUUUGCAAGCAUUGAGCCAUCCAUAAUCUGUUGCCUAGUCCCCAACAAGGCCCAUUGUUGGGGUAGCUAACUAGAUGGAGGAAGAUCUGUCAGAAAACUAGCAGGAUGAGCAAGCAUCCUCCUUAGCACUUGCCACAUGCUAACUGGUGAACUAUCCAGCACUGAGCCCUCUCAGAAACUGAACCACAGGAGGGACCAAAGAAUACAGAUAUGGAUGACAGAAAAAGGAGAAGCAGAGAGGAGAAGCCUGGAGAGGGAUUGGAAAGUGAGGUCUGGUGAGCUGCUUCAAGGGCAAAGUCUUUCUGUUGUAAAGCUGCACUUUAAAAAGAUUGUAGAGAGCAGAGCCAACUGCUAGUAUGUGAUAUUUUGGGGGAUGUGGGGGGUGCAAAAACAUCUAUUUGGGUUUUUUUUAAUGACUUUUUGUGAAAAAUGCAAAAUUGCAAGAGUCCAGUGUUUUCUCUAGGAAGUAAAAUUUUGAGUUUCACAGACAAGAAGAGACAAACUGCCUUCUGGACUUUGGCCAAGCCAAGACUCUGGGAAGAAUGUACUUAAUAAGGUCAGAGAACUGAUUGUUUUCUGUUUGGCCCCAGAGGGCAGAUCUAAGAGAUAUGUGGACCCCACAAACAGGAAGAUUUUGAGUUUGGUGUGUAAGGAGGCAUUUGCAAACAUUUAGAACUGUCCAGAAGUGAAGUGACCUGCCUCAGAAGGUGGUGGGGUUUCUCAUCACUGGAAUUCUUCAAGAAGAGGUUGGAUGACCACCUAUCAAGGAAACAAUAGAGGAGAUUCCUUUUUAAGUUAUGGGUUAGUGUUAGACUAGAUCAAGUCUGAAAUCCUUUGUAGCUGAAAUUCUGUGAACAAAUGUGAAGGGUCAAACAAUUAGCAAGGCUGCUGAGGGACUAAUCUCCCCACAUGGCUAACUUCAGUUUGCUACUGGGCUGAAGAUCCAGGGUAGAGAGGAGAGAAAUCUGUAUCAAAGGUAUCAACCUGUACUGUACCAUAUAAUGGAUGUGAGGAGGAUCAGAUGCAGGAGAGGGAAAAAGAGAAUGAAAGGGCAAGAAGAUGUUUGGCUGAUUUUGCUAACUGAACUGUAGCUUUGUAUGAUGGUGACUCACCCACUGGGAACUGGACUGAGGCCACAAUUUAUUUUCUACAGACACCAUGGAAGAGAUAACAAUCAGUGAAACCUUGCCCACCUAGGGUUAUAACUAGGAAAUGAUUGAAUUCUUCUUGGGCCAUGUUUGUCCCUCUUUCUGUCUCCUUCCUCCUUGGCUUUGAAAUAGCUUGAUCUGCUCAUUCUGUAUUCCAGAGAUAGGGUUUGUUGAAGAGAUACCUUCUGAUAUUUCAGUCUAGAGCCCCAUUGGAAGGAUGACAUGUCUUUAGCCACUCCGAUUUAGCUUAGGAAUUAGAGUGUUUCCAGUUAAAAGUAUUACCACUGGAAAGAGCCAGUAACCUCUUUCCCAGUGGAAUCCUGGAUUCCAGAAAACUGUUCUUUGCAAAACUGUUUUCCAGCUGUUUUUGCAAAGAACCACUCCUCAUGGAGUGCAGCAUAGGCUCAAUCUAUGUGAGUCUUGGGCAAGCCAAGUCUCCUUGUUUCAGUUAUCUCUGUAAAAUGAGGGGGUUGGACUAGAGAUUUCUAGGGUUCAUUCUGGCUUGAAUGUUUUCUGAUUCUGGGAAGAAUAGAAUACAUAGAGCAAGUAGAUCGAUAAGCAUUAGGCAAAUAGAAAGGCAUAUGGAUUCAAUUUAUUCUAUUAACUGUUUCUCUGGAGGAAGGGAAACAGCCUCCCAUUGGACUUGAUCAGUAUUAGGUCCUUAUUUGCCAAGUUUACAAAAGGAAAAUUUACCUUCAGAAGCCUGGAAAACACUCCUCUUUCUUUCUGAUACCUCUUCAGUCAUGGCAGGCCACUCAGCCAAAUUCAUUCAUGGCCACCAUUUCAAGGGACCGUAUGACAAAGCCGAUUGUUGGGAGCUUUGGGACUGUACUUAAGAAGCCAUCUCCCAGUCUGGAACUAAUCAUAUUUGGGGGUUGCAUCUCCAACAGCUCAUAUGGGGAGUUGAGUCAAUGUUCUUUUUUUUGCCAAGAAGCCCUUAUUAAGGGAGGAGCCAACUCUAAAAGGCUGUAAAUAGGCUCAACGUUGACCCAAUUCACAUGGAUUUGUGGGAUAGCUUCCACUGGAGAUUUUUCCUCCCUAUGCUAAUUUGCAAGGAGACUUGACAUGUAUAUUUGCAAUCUGUGUCUGGAAUUGGAACCAAAACACAAGGAGUGAUUUCAUACUCAUUUCCCUUUCACAAAUCAUUGGAUGCUUCAGUCUUGUAGAAAUAAGAGGGGAUACUUUUACAGGGAUCCUCCAAGCCUGGACUCUAAAAUUGGGGCUAUUUUCCAAAAAUGCUUUUAGUUCUGUUUCUCUAUUUUAACAGAAAUAAUAUAGUGAAGGACAGGCAUUGUUUUCCAUUCAGCAAGGACAAGACAGUUGGGUUGUAAAACCUGUCUACCCAAUCUGUAGCCAGAGAUUAUAAGUAUGGAGAUAGGAUGCCUGGUUUUAUUGAAUGUUAGAGCUAAUGUUCAGCUGCCCAUUCGAUAUUGCUUGUUACUGGAUGUAACAUUCAAUUAUAAGAUGUGUUUAAGAGUGAAAAUUUGCAGAUCUGGAAAGUUUGCAGACUGAAAAAGGUGAAGACAUACUGUUAAACUGUUAUCAGUCUUAACAGUCAAACUCUGGAUGGAAAAGAGAUGGGAGUCUCAAGUGCUCACAACCGGCAGUUAACCCAACCCACAACCUUUUGUCCUAGGAAGAACAUUACAAGGUUCUGGAGAAGGGGCCUCAGAGCUGUGCCCGGCCCCCACCAGCUGACUGGGUGAUUUGGGCAGGCUGCUUCACCGUUCUGUGCCUGUUUCCCCAAACUUCGAAAUGGGGAGAACUUCUGCCAGAUCUACCUCCCAAGGGAGUGAGGGUUGGCUGCUCUGAUGGACACAUGAUGAAGUGUUGGGAGAUCUACAGGAGGAUAGCAUUAUUCUAUAGCGUAACUGGUGCUACACUUCAGGGCGUGCAUUUGGUUCUAACUCUUGAGCAAAGGAUUAGGAACCUUCUGCUUCCUAUUGUGCUAACUUGUCCUAGGAGCUGUACCGAAGCUAGUCAGAACACAGUCCUUCCCUUCCCAGCCUCAGAGGCUUGGUAAGCAACACUCCAGGCAAUCAUGGGAAACCAUCAGGAGUGAAUCUGGACAACUCAUCCUAUCUUUGAAGGAAACAUGCUGAUAUAGAAGAGCAGGUACUCCUCCCUCACUGGGACCAGAGGGAAUCAUGUCCUAGCAUCUGUGUUCAAUCAACGCCACCUUAUGAGGCGGGUGCCAAAAAUGGGGCUGAAGCUUUAAGAGUAGCUGGACAGCCGAGCCUCCCCAAGUUAACUGCCUGUUCCCCACAAGCAUUGACAGGAUCAGCUGGCCUCCCCUCCUCCUCUCUCAUUCCCUCAUACCCAUAUCAGCUUUGUUCACACCAUCAUUCAGCCAGUGGAGAAUGGGGUGAGGGCAGGGAGUGUCACAGACAUAGGGUUUCCUGGGGGAGAGAAGGGGGCAGUUUGUGGUAAUUGAACAAUUGAUAUCCAUACACUGGGGCCAGAGGAACCAAACUAUCAUAUACCAAACACAACUAUCACUUAAAGCCUUUAUCCCAUCAUAGGGAUGCUAUCUGUACCAUGCAGCUGUUAACCUGGUUCGCUCCUUUAUGCUCUCAGUGUGAGAGUGGAUAUGUGUGUGUUCCUGCUUAAGUGCUGCCAACACUAAGGAAUAUGAACUGAGGACUCAGAGGGACAGAAAUCCUACACCAUCAGAAGUGAUUGAGUCCAUCAGGCAAAUCUUCACCAAAGUUCAGCACUUUAUGAUUUUCCCCCUGUGUAACCUGCUGUUGUUGGAGUGAUCAACCCAAAGGGGAAGGACUUAACCUUUGGGAGCAAUGACCCCUGGAGUGGCCAAAAUGGAGGCUUAACAUCAGUCUGCUAUUUCACCAGCUGCUCAGGAGCUGGUAUUUUAUACCUGAUAGUUCUGUCUGAUCAGAAAACUUUAAAGAAAAGAAGCCCCACCCCAAUCCAGGGUAUUGGAUUUAGGAUAAUACACAUAUACCUUCCUGAAGCAGCAGGAGUGGACAGCAUUACCUCACACUUCUAAUCUGUCAACAUGUCCAUUCAAUACAGUUCUUUGCCACAGAACCCUAGUUUUGUUCUCAUCCAGUUUGUGUGAUAAUCCCUCCAGCCCCCUGAAGAAAGCUGUUUUUGCCCAACUUGUUCAACUGGUUUCCAGCCCAUUCUCUCCAGUCUACUUACUUCCUGCUCCCCUUCACUUCCCUACCAACCAUACUGAGGGUCAUUUUACUGGGAUUCUGGACAGUAUUAAAAUGAAGUAUGUAAAUAUUAAGUGUAAACCUCUCCUCUUCCUUUUUUCCCCCCCACUAAAAUAAAACAGAGCCAUUUGUCUGGUUGAAAGGAGAGACAGGAAGAUCAGGCAAUUGACUUGUAGGGCACCUUUAGCAUCUUCACUUAAUAAACUAAGCUGUUGAAUUGCC